AUGAUCACCUUUGGUGUUUCAGUACCAGGUAAUGGUAAAGAUAUGGUGUCAGGUUAUCGGUUGUUUACUUUCCAAAAUGAUAAAUUGGCCCCUCUACCGGUAAUUUUGGACAAUGCUACAGACCGAAACGUAAUGAUUCAAAAGUUUUGUUAUUUGAAGCCCAAGGAUAGGAUCAUUACCCCAGAGUGUCAAAAUGGUGGUUUAAUGGAUUCUUCUGAUUAUUUACUUGUUGCGAAGUCCAAUGGAAUAAUAGAGAUAUUCAGGGAUUACCGAUAUAAGGUGACACAGGACAUAGAGCUAAAGCCGGACUUUAUCCUUACUUGUUUGCCGGUAGGACAUGAUCGCAGCACAUUAGAUUUGACAAUAGCAGGUCUAGAGUUUAAAGAUGGUCUUCUUUACUGUUGUACAAAAGAUGGGGAUUUAUAUAUUUUCAUUCUUAAUUUGCCCACUGAUUACAUCCAACUCGAAAAUAUAUAUAAUCCGAUUGGUACGCCUGACGUCUUUGAUAUCGCAGCGCCCAAUAUGAGAGAUUCCAAUAAACUUGAAGAGGGCAUUUUAUUUGUGUAUUCUAAAUUUACUGGGCGGACUAAACUACAGCAUAUAUGCUACUAUUGUCAUCCCAUGGGGCAACAAAUAUCGAUAUAUCCUCAGUUGAAAGUUUUGUAUCCGAACAUUCCUUAUUUCAAGCCAUGUAUAUAUGUCAAUUUGAAAAAAGAGGUUUCGAACUUCCGGAUUAAUCCACUGGAUAGGUUUAGCUUCAUAACCACAGCACCCAGAAUUCCUUUGACCAUUUACAAAAUUCACCUACCUAAGUUGUUUACAGACUUUUUUAUAAAGUUUGUGAAACUUAAAAGGACAGUGCUCAAGAGAUGUCCUCGAGAGAUCCAAGAUAUUGAUGAGGCAAGCACCAGUAUCUAUAGCUGUAAAUUUCUGGAUUUCCUACGUUUUGAUUUUAGGGGAAUACAAACGGAUAUGGAUCCGAGGACCUGGAACUCGUUGAUGACGAAUGACUAUGUUGUUGAACUAACGUACUCUUGUGUCUGGAGACAGCGUCAAGGCAAUAUUAAGGAUGAUUUAUAUAUGCUCUUCCACCGUCAGGCGGAAAUGUAUGAUGACGAAAGAGAAAGGCCAACAUCAAGAGGAAGUCUGACCGGUUCUACGGAUAGUUCAGUCAGGAGUAAUUCUUUGCGAAGAAGUAUUUGGGAAAGGACCAUCGACGCAGCUCCGUGCUACAGUAACUCUGCAACUGAUAGGUUCAUUAGAUGCUUGCGUCAGAAUACUUGUCCAGUGGAUAUUAAAAUUGUAAACACUAAGUUAGGUUCGGAGCAGCUCUCGUAUUCGAACGUUGAAGACGAACAGGGUAGUAACCGGACCUCAUACUUAACAGAUGACUAUAAAGACAUGGAUAUCAUUAUAUUGGAUAAGUUUUUGUGUUUGACAGCGUUUAGGCCAAAGUAUAUUGAUGAGCCGCUAAUGAAACUUGAUUCAUUCCAUAGCAUACGCGAAGGAAACACUAAUUUAGAAGCACAGUGGGCUAUAAUGAAUUUAUCCUCCUUUAAGAAAUUCUUUAUGAUAACAAACUCUCUUUGUUUGAUAUUUGACACCUUUGGAGUGGUUUUGAUAGAUCGUUUUAAAGUAGUAAACAGUCAUGAUCUAUUAGAAAAUGAUCCUGAAGCAUUUAAGAUUAUUGAUUUUGAAAUUGGCUUGAUUAAUGACAUUGCAGUUAUCAUAACAAACAUAGAGAAAUGUGAAGAGUGUGAUGGUACAUAUGAAAUCGAAUUUAACGCAAUCGUGACAACCGUUAUUGGAACUUUAAGUGUGUUACAUGGAGAAUUUUACGGUCACGAAAGACUUGGUAAGAUGCAUUGUCGGGACAAAUUGAAGAUGACCAAGAAGGACAAGGUUGUAGAUCAAAUUGUCUUACUAGACUAUGAACCAUCUAAGAAAAGAACCAGGAAAGAAGAAAUGGAUGAUAUUGCAAAACGUUUAAGAGUGGGAUCUCCAAAUUGA